AUGGCUCGCUUCAGAUUUGGCAAGAAAAAGAGAGAAUCGGAUCCCGACUCGUCAAUGGUCACCUCCGAAAGCGUCGAUGACUCGCCCACCUACCACCUGUACCUUCGCAGGCCUUCUAUCCUGUCCAGGAACCAGGUGGAAACACCUCCUCACGAAUCACUGGACAACUUGCCUACCCAGGAACCUGAGGUGGCUGACCCUACGGCCACUACGCCCUGGAAACGCUUCAAGAUCUUUGAUUCCCCUUUCCCUCGUUACAGACAUGCAGCCUCUGCGAUCUCAUCCGACAAGAAUGAGAUUUUCUUAAUGGGAGGUUUGAAAGAAGGCUCGGUAUUUGGCGACACAUGGAAAGUCACCCCCGAAGUUGGCGCCGGCAACAUCAUCCGCGGCUUCACAGCUCAACACCUCGAGGUCGCCAACAGUACCCUCCCUCCGGCCCGUGUGGGUCACUCUUCUGUUUUGUGUGGUAACGCCUUCAUCAUCUAUGGUGGAGACACAGUUGACACCGACUACAAUGGAUACCCUGACGACAACUUCUACAUGUUCAACAUCAACAACUACAAGUACACAAUUCCUCUGCAUGUUUUGAGCAAGCCACGCGGUCGUUACGGCCACCUGAUUGGUGUAGCAUCCUUGAGUGCAACCAGCUCGAGACUCUACUUGUUUGGAGGUCAAUUAGAGAACGACGUAUUCAAUGACUUAUACUACUUCGAAUUGACCAACUUCAAGCUGCCCAAGGCACGCUGGGAGCUUGUGGAGCCGCUCAACAACUUCAAACCUCCUCCUGUUACCAACCACACCAUGUCCAUUUACAAGAAUAAGAUCUACAUCUUUGGUGGUGUCUACAACAACGAGAAAGUGUGCAACGACUUGUGGUGCUUUGACACUUUGAUCAACAAGUGGGUGCAAGUGCCUACAACUGGAGAUGUUCCUUUGCCUGUCAACGAGCACUCGGCUACCAUUGUGGGUGAUCGUUUGUACGUCUACGGAGGUAACGAUUUUUCAGGAGCCAUUUAUGAGACCUUGUACUCAUUGGAUCUUCACACCUUCAAGUGGUCCAAGUUGAGCAAAGAUCUCUCAGCCAAUGGCCCUGGUCCUCGUUGUGGUCACUCAAUGUCAUACAUCCCCAAGUUGAACCAAUUGAUCAUAAUGGGUGGUGACAAGAACGAUUUCAUUUACUCUGACCCAGAGAACUUCGAAACGUAUGAGAAUUUUGAUGGUCAGGAGUUGGGUACCAUGAUUUAUGCAUUGGAUAUCCCAACUGCAGAUCACUUCUUCAGAGGUGGUGCGCCAAAGAAGUUAGCUGCUUCGGCUGGUGGUGCUGCUGGUGUACUCAAUAGAAGAGCUCCUUCGCCUCUGCCUUCUGAGGAUGGCCUUGCCCGUCACCGUAAGAGCCUAAGCGGUGGUAUUGAAGAUUUCAGAACUCCAAAUGCUUCCAUGGAAAAGUUCCCAAGAUCGCUUGAUCCAAAAUCAACGCUUAUUGAAAAUGAAGUUGAACAGGAAACCACCACUCCAGAAAGAUUCGUGGAUGUUGAUAUUCCCUCCUCUGCUGCUAUGAGCGAGAAGGAUGUCACUACCGAGAUGGAAGAUAUUCGUGACCGUUAUAUCGCGGGCGACAACGCAGAGGAAGCUGCUCCAUCCACAUACCACAACGGCCAUGCGCCACUCUUUAGAAAUGAUUCGGCUGAGAAAUUGAGAACUGAUACAGCAACUCCAAUACUAACUCGGGACUUCGCUCACCUUUCUGACUCUGUUGACGAUGAAGACGACAGGGCCAGGGACGAAAGCUUUGUACUGCAAGUUCCUACCAACUCGUCUCCAACUUCGAACAAGGUGGUAUUCACGGGUUUAGGAGGUGCUGUUGGUGCAAGUGCAGGUAUUGGAGCAGCCAAUACCAUCAGCGACGAGAAGACCGAAAACCCUACGUUUAGUAAAGGCAGAAGCUCCAGAAUCACACAUACCAACCAGGGUGCCAAUGAAGCUGAUGCUAAGGUGAAGAAAAUAAUAGCAGAGUUGAAUGCAGAGUUGACUCAAUUGAAGAGUUCAACAAAACAACAGAUGCAAAAUGCCACCGAGAAAAUACAGGCUUUGGAGCAGCAAAAUAAGGAAUUACAAGCUAACAACGAUCUGGCUGCCAAUGAAAAGUUGAAUCUCCUCACCAGUCAAGUACAAGAGAAGGAUAAUCUCAUUGAAGAGCUCCGGCGUUCUGUCGAUCCUCAGGAUUUGGAAAUUGGUGAAGGAGAGGAGACUGGUAGCAUUGCUACUUCUAAGAGAGGUUUCACCGAGUUGACCAAAUAUAAGUUGAAUCGUUUGGAGAUGUCCAACAGAAUGGUGUACUUGGAGAACGAGAAUGCCAACCUCAAGGAAAAAUUUGCACGUUUCGAGCCAUUCAUGAACAAUCAAAUCAGUGAGAUUUCAACUUUGCAGAAGGUCAUCAAGGGCCAGGAAGAUCGUAUUCAGAAGUUGACUGCGCAAGUUAAACUGGAGUCAGUCUUACACCAGCAAAUUUCUGAAUGGAAGCACAAGUUCGAGAACUUGGAUCUAGAAUUCCAAAAUUACCGUGCAAUUCAUGAUGAGGUUGAGGUCAGUGAUGACGAGGAGCUUGCAACUCGCGAGCUCGAUGGUGAUGCGUCUAUUGCCACAAGCGGAACAACAAGAAGAUCAACUAGACAGAUUUCGUCACAAUUGGAGAACUUGGUCCUGUUGUGGCAGAGUACUAAUGCCACAGAUGCCGACACUCGCCUGAUUAAUACUGUUGACAAUCCCGUUGUCGCUCAGUUACAGAAACAAGUCGACGAGUUGUUGUUGUCAUCUAAAAAGCAGCAAGAAGGUGCUUCUGCAGAAGUGCAAACUUUGGAGUCUGAAUUGCAGGCCAAGUUAUUAUCUUUGCGUACUUUUGAAGACAACUACCGGGAUGCAUUGCAGUCAGUGAACAAUACCAGUAAGGCACUUAAUUUGACACAGGAUGAGUUGAAGAGCCAAAAGAUUUUGAUUGAGAAGUUGAUCAAGGAGAAUAAUGAGUUGAAGUUGUACAAGAAGGCCAGUGCUGUGUCCAAGAGAGCCUCGAGCGCUGUUUCCACUCCAGUCAACGAGUCUUCGCCAGGCUUUGCAAACCCUGCUCUGGAAGCUGACGAAGAAGAGGAAGGAUUCACAAGUGCUCAUUACAAUAUGAAGCUCAAGGACUUGGAAGCAGACUUGUACAUAUUGAAGCAGGAGAGGGACCAGUUGACCGACACAGUGUCAUCGUUGAAAAAGGACUUAUACUUAGCCCGCAACGGCAACGCUUGA